AUGGGCGCACACGCCUCUGUGCCGGAGAUCAAGAGAGAAAAGCUCUCCUGCUUCAUCUGCACCUGGAACCUGGGCAAUGAGGCGCCAGAGCCGCUGGAUUGGAUCCCCAAGGGCCACUUUGACAUGUAUGUCAUCGGCGUACAAGAGAGCUGCUACACGCCAAAGGGGCAUGAAGGAGAGAAGCACGAUGACGUGAAAGCAGAGUAUCACUGGCAACAGCGGCUUGACGACUGCUUUGGCGAGGAGUACGAGUGCCUUGCUUACCAGACCCUGUCCCCGCGAACUGACAAGACAUACAAGACAGAAACCAGCUUCAAAGAUGCGGUGGUGAAGGGCGAAGCAAAGUCAUCGGGCAUCCGUCUUGCUGUGUAUGUGUCCAAGCGGCUGCGCACGAAGGAGUUCCAGAUUGAACACGAAGUUCUCUUCCAGACCUGCGGACGCCUCAACGGUGCAUCUGGGAACAAGGGUGGGGUUGCCAUCAACCUCAACAUCAACGGUGCUCGCAUCUCCUUCGUCAACUGUCAUCUCAACGCACACAUGCAAGAGCUGCCGCGGCGCAACGAGGACUACGAUCAAAUUUCGCGCUAUCUCCACCGCACGGACGACCUCUUUGGCGAGAGGAAGCGCAAACUGGAAGAGAGCGGUGACCUGACGUUUGUGGUCGAGGUUGAGAACCGCCACGAUGCCGUGUUCUGGUUUGGAGACCUCAACUACAGACUGCAGCCGCUUGACGAUCUGGACCUUCGAAAAGAGAUGCACGACAUUGUGUGCAAAGAGAUUGACCGCCAGAACUGGGAGGGACUCAUGGACUUUGAUCAGCUGAAGAAGCAGCAGAAACUCGGGCUGGUUCUCGCUGGUUUUGAGGAGGAGGAGAUUCGGUUUCCGCCCACAUUCAAAUUCGCCCGCGACCCCUCCUCGCGCGCAGCAAAGUCAGGGCAGGAGCGGGACGUGUACGUGUCCAAGCGCGUGCCGUCAUACUGUGAUCGCAUCCUUUACCGCGCAAACGAGGGUGCCACCAUCACUUGCACAGACUACACAUACAACGGCGACGUGACGUCCAGUGACCACCGCCCCGUCAUGGCCUCGUUCGAGCUCAACGUUCCCAUGGUCUCAUCCCUCAAACGCCACACGCUCGCAAAGCCGCGUGCUCUCAGGUUGGAGCUGAGCAACCUCAUUCUGCGGACAGAGGCAUCGCACAACCCCGCGAACGAUACAGACACACCCGUCACCAUCACCAUCUACCACCGCCACGCCAACACCCGCAUCAACACCAAUGCGUGCGCGAAACCCAAACGCGUCUGGGAUGGGCCCUUUGUCCUCGAAUCCUCAACCAAGCUCGACACGGUUCUGCUGUACCCUGUUCUCUUUCUCAUCCGUGAUCGCUCAAAGAAGGAGGCAGACCAACACUGUCUCGGCGAAGGCAUGCUCUCACUGCUCGACCUCACAUCCCGCCCUUUCAAGACUGAGGUGUACCAGGGAGGGAAGCCCUACGGGUUGCUGGCGGGACAGGUUGAGUUCUCGUUCGUGUAGUGAUGACCAUGAUGAUGCCAAUGCAACUACUUGCUUGUCUGUGUGUGUGUGUGUGUGUGUGUGUGUG